CUCGACAGGUCGCCCGUGUUGGAGGCGCCCCUUCCCGUCCCCGGCUGCGGGAACCGCACUCCUGCCGCCGUGCGCGGCUGUCGGCGCCCCUCCCCCACCCGCGGGCGUUCGGAGCGCCCGCCCCCACCCUCCGUGGAGCCCCGCCCCCACACUCCGUGGAGCGCGCUCACCGCCCGGCGAUGGCGGCGGGGGCCCUGGCCCUGGCGCUCUGGGGCUGGGCGCUGGCUCCGGCGGGGGCCGUGGACGCCGUGGGCCCUCACGCGGCCGUCCGCCUGGCCGAGCUGCUGACCCCGGAGGAGUGCGGCCACUUCCGGUCGCUCCUGAAGGCGCCGGAGCCGGACGUCGAGGCCGAGCUGGCCCGGCUUUCGGAGGACCGGUUGGCUCGGCCCGAGCCGGCGCCCACGUUGGCGGCGCCGAGCCGGCUGUGGCGGCGGCGGCGGCGGCGCGAGGCGGACGUAUCCGACGGCUGCCGAGAGGGGCUGGCGGCCUGGCUGGCCGCCGAGGCCCCGUCCUUGUCGUGGGACCGCGUGGCCCGGGCCCUGCGGCGCAGCGGCCGCCCGGACGUGGCCCGGGAGCUGGGCAAGAACCUCCACCAGCAGGCGACGCUGCAGCUGCGCAAGUUCGGGCGGCGCUACCUGCCCGCGGCCCGCGCCCCCGCCCCCGCCCCCGCCCCCGCCGCCCCCCGCCCGGCCCCCGCCCCGGCCCCGCGCACCCGCCGCUCCUCGGUCCCCGGGCCCGGCUGGGACGAGCUGGGGCUGAUCGUGGAGCGACUGCCCCAGGCGCCGUACGAGCGGAGCCCCGCGGGCUGGGCCGGGCCUCUGGCGCUCGGCUUCCUCACCGGCUUCGGCGGGGCGCUGGGCGCCGGGGCGCUACUCAUCCUGCUCACGCCGUGGAUCACGGGCGGCGACGGCGACGCGGCGCGGCCCGGCAGCCCCCGGCCGCCCGCCCCUCCUGGGCUCGCGCCCGCUGGGGUGCCCCGCGGCUGGGAAGGGGAGCCGCUCUCGACUGCGGAGCUGCCCGCGUCCCCGGGGGCCUGGGCUGCAGGUGGGCCAGAUACCCCCUCGCCCUGUGCCCCCGGCUGUGAAAUGGGAGCACAAUCCCGGUGGCGGGCUGCCUUUGACAUUUUAUAAACGUUACGAAGCACGCAAAAGUGGGAGCGAUCGGUUUGUUGGUUGUAAAUGACCGGCAUAGCCAGCGGGGCAGCCAAGGGAAGAGGAGGGGCUCGGGUACUCGUCCACCCCGGAGGGCAGGGGAGGCAGGCCCUCCCAAUUCUGGUCAGCUUUACUUCCUUCUUGAUCUCGCUCUCAUUUUCCCAUUAAGAGUUACCAGUUUUUAAGCAUGAACUGUGUGCCAGGCCCUAGGCUAAGCAGUCAUACAUUAUUUGCUAUAAUCUUCAAAACCCAGGAAGGAAGGUGUUAUCGCCAUUCCACAUAAGGAAACUGGCCACAAUUCGUGGCGUAGUCAGGUAUUUGAAUCCAGAGCUUCCUGCGCCAAAAGUUUGAGCUCCAGAGGGAACGAUCUGUGAGCAGUAAGGGAGCUGGGGAAACGCAGUGGGGAUCAGAACAAGGUGCAGAAUUGCUGUGGAUUCUGAGGCCCUGCUGGAGCUGGCUGGGGGCGACACAGCUAGAGGUGGGCCCACGUCCAGGGUCUGCUGCGUCCAGGCUGCUCUCCACUCAGGCAAGGCCUCCUGAAGCUCUACCGGGGGCCUCAAACUUUCCCCACGCACCUGAGUGGCUGGGGCACCGCCAGCCAGCCCCUCGGAGGAGCUGAGCCUGGGUGAGCCCUCACACAGCCUCUGCUCGGACUGCGCCCCCACCAGGGGAAGGGGAGAGGACAGCUGUGGGGUCCUGCUGGGUGGGAAUGCUUGACUCCCCAGCUACCCUGGGCUGAGGGGCUCUGGUGUGAGAGUAAUGACAGAAUGACAGGCCAGUCCAAGAGGAGAGUUGAAAACAAGAUUGACGUAACCCUUUAUUGCAAAUUCUAAAGUAAAAAGAUGUACAGUACAAAGUAAAAUUGAAAUUUCAGACUAUAAACUUCCAAUCCACUUAUACAUUCUCAUUUCUCAAGCAUUUCUGCCAUUUCCGCAUAAACGGAACAGGGAACAAGUCGAGGGGGUGAGGGAAGGAGAUACAGCAAGGGAAAAAAAUUAUGUGUCUAGAAUAAUCACAAACCCCAGAAGCAAGUGAAAGGAAAGACAUUUUCUCGACCUGCUGUCCUGGUGAUGAGAAGCGGGGGUGGUUGGAGCAGUGCAGUUUAAAAUGGCUCUCAGAAUAGCAGCAUUUAUGGUACCAUUUCAUCUUCCGUAAGUCCAAAUAGUACUUUGCCCUUCCCUAGUGCCUUUGCCUCUGUAUUUCAAAAACACUUUACAAAACAUUUAGUUAAAGCCUCACAACACCCCUGUGAGGUAGGUCAGUAUUAUUAUCCCCAUUUUACAGAUGGGGAAACUGAGGCACAGAGAGGUUAAGUGACUUGCCCAAGGCCACACAGCGAGUCAGUGGUCAAGCUGGGGAUGGAACACAGGAGUUCUGUCCCUUUUCUGGAACCACUGGACCACACUCCCCUUUACCUAUAUACAUUCUUCACACACACACACCACAUGUGCACACCCACCCACCCCACUUAGCCUCUAUGUACAGCAAACAGCAGUGGGGGGCAGGGGCAGGGGGUGCCUCAGGAGUGUUUUGACGGAGGAAAUCUUGGUGCUCUUGGAAGGGGGAUCCAAGAAAGCACAGUGCUGAGCCACAGCACAGACUGUGGGAACCUUGGGCCCCUCCCAACCCAGACUUCUUCUCUCCUGAUGUCCCCCUGGCUGGCUAGUUGCAGCCGAUUCUUUAGGGGUUGGGGGUACCUGAAAAUGAACGAAGCUUUUUGCAAAACUUUGGGCAACAUCUGAGAAAAGAAAGAGGCAUCAUUACAGAAGAUGCCCAGGACUCAAGUCACAGAGUCAUAACCCAUGGCAAUCUCACCUCCACAGCAGGCCUGGAGGCUGGGGGCCGAGGGGAAGAAGAUGGGGACUGACCUACCAGCCAUCUCUUUCCAGAGUGGAGCUACUGGAGCGGACUAGAGUGGGCACUUCAAAAUCCUCCUGAGUGUCCCUGGACUGGGAGACAUGGCCUAGAGAGGGAUGUCCCCAAAGCGGGGCAGGGUGAGGGAAGGGGAGGGGCGCUCCCCUUCCCUGCACGAAUGCGAAUGAGACCAGCCCUAGUCUGCUGGUUUGUCAGUGGGGGUGAUGGAGGGCCGGGCCCAGCAUUAGCUAGCAGUGUGGAGGCAUCGUGCUUGCCCGAGCUUUGGGGCGAUGGAAUGAUUUUUUUCUUAAAAUACUGGUGAAAAAGGCAUAAGUAAGGCCAGCCCAGCUGGGUUGGCUGACAUCAUCUCUGGGGGCUCUGCCAGGGGGACUGAUGAGGAAGGGGUUUCGUGGGCCUUGAAGCUUCGGCCCAGCAGUGGGAGGAAUGCCACAUGCAAUGGGUGAGUGGGAAUCUGGGCGGGGGCAGGACCUUGCUUUUCUCUCCAAUCUCUACUUUUUAGCCAGAACUUUGCAAGAAACCCUCUGAUGUCUCUCCCUUCCCUUCCCCUCCUUUCCCCAAAUGUACUAACGUCCCAA